UAGGUUUGUUUUUGGCUCUGAAAUCAUGUCCUCUAUCUCAUAGAUGACUCGUGUCUCCUUAAAUAAAGCAUUGAUUAUGGGGAAGGUGAUAUGAAAAUUAGGAUGCAGAGGAGGUAUCAAGCGGCCUAUAUGCUUCCUCAAUUGCAUAGUGGCACAAAAGAAUCUCCUGUUGCCCCUUCAUCCAUAUCUCCAAUCAAACCUGGCUUGUUUUGUACCUUUGGUUUAAUCAUGAGGUGCUUUAGGGGCUGACCACAAAAAGCUAUUGUAUCUUACUUAAUUAUAACCUCAGAAAUGAUCUGACCUGCCUGGUGCCAGGUGCAGUGAAGUGUGCAAAAGCUUGCAUGCCAUGAGGUCCCACUGGAUAAGAAAAAGAAACACUAGAUGCCCAUCGUGAUCGGAUAAGUGGAAAAUAACCUAACAAUGUUACAUCUGAGAAGAAAAAGAAAAAAGGCUGAGAAACUUCGGUAAAGACCUAAUGGAAAGUUUUUCCCUCCCCUCUUGGUUUCUGAGACUUCUGGGUACCCUAAAAAGGUAGCAAUAUGAGCCCCAGCGGUUUUUUUCUUUUUUUUCUUUUUCUUUACUUUACUUCCCAUACCACCUCUGUGUGUCUGAGCCCAUUUGGAAGGUUUCUGUUCAAAAGUCAGCAUGGAUCAUCCAGGAGGACACCUUGCUGUGGUUCUGUUCCUACUGGUUCUGGUUUCUAUGUCCACCGAAAACAACAUUAUCAGAUGGUGCACAGUGUCUGAUGCUGAAGAGCAAAAGUGUCUGGAUCUAGCUGGGAAUGUCACAGCCAGGAACAUCCGCGGACAACUCCUUUGUGUGAGGGGCCAAAGUCCCACUGACUGCAUGAAGCAAAUUAAGAAUGGCACUGCAGAUGCCUCCACUAUGUAUCCGGAUGAGAUCUACACAGCUGGGUUUUGCUAUGGCUUAGAUGUGGCUGUGGGAGAGUCUUAUAAUGGUGUGGAUGGCAUUAAUUAUUACGUGGUUGCACUGGCACGGACAUCAUCCAGUGAUCUGUCAUUGCUGGAGAUGCAUGAACGUAGCUCCUGUCACCCAGGGAUGCGGACAACAGUGGGCUGGACCGUCCCCAUCGGCUUCCUGGUCAACACAUCGCAGAUCAGCGUGGAUGAGCAGUGCAACUUUCCCCAUGCGGUAGGAGAUUUCUUUGGAUACAGCUGUGUGCCUGGAGUGAAGGACCCAGAACAUGAUCCCAAAGGAAAUAACCCAAGGAACCUGUGUGAGGCCUGCAUUGGGGACGAGAACGACCACCACAUCUGUGUCAAUAACCCUCGGGAACGGCACUUCGGGGAGGCUGGAGCUCUUAGGUGUGUGGCCGAGAAUCUCGGGGAUGUUGCUUUUGUUAAGCACACUACAGUCUUCGACAACAUACAGGGUAAGAACCAGGAGUCCUGGGCGUUGGACCUGGAGCUGGAAGACUUGAAGCUCUUGUGUCCUGACGGGAGAGAAGCUAACCUGUUCCAACAUGAGAGCUGCCACCUGGCUGUCGUGCCAACCAAUGCUGUGGUAGUGCGUUUGGAGGACAAAUGCCGCGUUUACAAGUUCUUGGAGCGUGUACAGAACGCAUUUGCUAAUGCUACUGAAGGAUUCUCUCUAUUCAGCUCUGUGAAUUAUGGGCAACCUGAUGUGCUGUUCAGCGAUUCCACCAAAAAGCUGCUGCGUGUUAUGGGGACCUACACGUCCUGGUUGGGGCCCAGUUACACCACCAUACUGAAGGCUUUUGAGUGUGAAGGUUUGUGUUAAUCUGAUGAGGAAAGAGGAAACUAUAGAUCUCCCCUCCAUCCUUCUCACACUAACUCUAAAGCACUCUCUAUUAAGUGUGUUAUUCUCGUAUAUGGGCUGAAAGCCAACUGUCGCCUUUACUUUGUAGUACUAUUACUGUUCUGUUCUCACAGUGUUUGUAUGGCUUCAUAUAUCACAUAUCACCUCUUUGGGUCUUUGCCACUAAAACUAGGUACUUGCCAUGGGAAAAAUAAAAAAAUAAACACGAAAAUGUCUAAUCUUCUAUGCAAAAAAAGCAUUGCAGGGGAACACACAGCAAACCAUGAAGGGAUUCUGCCUUGACCAUUGUUAAUAAAUCCAAAUAAAUUAAUUACAAACCAGCUGAGGGAUGCAAAAUACACAUUCUGCCUUCAGAGCCAAAGCAUACUUUAUGCAAGUACAUGAAAAAGUUUAAAGGCGGACAGACUUAUGGUUGGUUGUGACAUAACAGGUGCUUUAAAGGUGCUGUUUCCUGUCCCUCCAGGAUAAGAUAUUACCAACUUGAACUUCAGUGUAAAUAGUCAUGUCACUCUUAGAUUUAUAGAACCUUCUCUUAUUAAUAAAAAUCUAUGUUGACAAA